AUGGAAUCGUGCUCAGAGGCAAGCACUCAUCACUCAACUUUCUUUUGGACGACCACUGAUGGAGAUGGCCAGCCUCCAAGAAGGAAGCUCAAAGUAUCGCACGACACAAGCAACGAAGAGUCAUUCUUGUUGUUCCUGAAAUUUGCCUCAUCGCAUUAUACACUGUCAUUCAAAUCACUCGAUUUAUUCAGACUAUUCCGGGAUAACGCGAGGGCAUCUGCACUCCCUCGGUCUGGCCCUGGCGAGGCGAUGAGAAGCCUUUCGAUCGAGCUAGAUAUGUUCCGUGAAGAUCAAUUCCUCAAGGCACCAGAGCUAGAGGAAUGGAAGGAAAUCCGUGGUGCUCAUGGGGAUGCGCAAGAUGCGCUCUGUCAUUACCGGAAGUGGUUGGUAGUCGUCAUGGGGAUUUUGGCGGCUGGGUACAGGCUCCGCGUUACCAUCCGGUUUCGAAAGCCAUGUCGAAACUAUUUAGGUCUUCGCGCCCAUUCAGAUAUUCUACGAGACUUCAACGUCGCCGUGGAGAUCGAUCUGGACAAAGACUCCUGGAGCCAGAUCCCCCAGUCCUACAGACCCCUUCUAAUGGCCAUGGUUGAGUCUUCCAUCACUGGCGCAAAGAUGAAGAAGGAGCUCGAGGAUCAAAAAGAGGCACUGACGGACCAGGAAUUAAUGUACCUCGGUCAAUAUGGGUGUCUGCUGCCCAGUUGUUGGAGCUAG